AUGCAUACUCGUUUUACUUCCAUCAUAAAUGAGAUUCACUCCCUUGGAGAAAUUAUCCCAUGGAACAAACUGGUCAGAAAAAUACUCAGUGUGUUAGUUGGUUCCUGGGAGAGAAAAGUCAAUGUUAUCACGGAAGCCAAGGAUAUGCAAAAGUUGACUGUUGACGAACUCAUUUGGAAUCUGAAAACCUAUGACAUGAAUAAGAAGAAAGAUAAUGAAAGAAGAGAACCUAAAAAGGAGAAGAAGCUAGUUCUCAAGGAAGACAACAGUGACUCAAGUGAAAAUGGUUCGUCGAAUGGAGGAAUUCCUAAGAAGGCCAGAUCUAGCAGAAACACUAAAGGUUAUGAUUGUUGUCACAAGUGCGUAAAGCCGGAACAUUUCAUCAAAGACUGCCCUCUCCACAAGCAGGACAAUUACAAACACAAUGCUGAUAAGACGGUUAAGAGGAACCCGCUCCCCGACAGGAAGUUAAAGAGAAGAGAUGUCGUUGAUAAUGUUGUGAAGCAAACUCUGGAUGCCUGGGGCGAUUUCUCUAGUGAAUCUAAGGGUGAUGAUGAGCAAGGAGACACCUCCAUGAUGGCCGUUGAAAGUGAAGCUGUAGAAUAUGACUCCAUAUUUGCACAGAUGGCCAAAUCCUAUGAGGAAGAAAAUAAUGAUGACGAUGAGACAGUGGUGAAGGGAAGCAGUCAAAAAUGCCUGUUGAGUAUCUCUCAAAUCUGCGACAAAGGAAACAAAGUGGUAUUCUUGUCAAAGUCUUGCACUAUCACCAAUCUUAUAACUGGUGGAGUGGUUCUGAUUGCAAAAAUGUACAAAACUAUUUAUGUUGUAGACUUUGAUUCUCUGAAUGGUUGUGAUCUUACAUGCCUGAGUGCCGUUUAUGAUGAUGCUCAACUAUGGCACAAAAGAUUGAGACAUGCAAGCUUUUCUCUAUUGAACAAGAUAAUCAAGAAGGACCUGGUUCGUGGGUUGCCAAAGUCAAAGCUCAAAGAUCACAAAGUGUGUGAUGCAUGUGUGAAAGGGAAGCAAGUCAGGUCCCCAUUCAAACCAAAGAAGGAAGUGAGCACCUCAAGGCCACUGGAUCUUCUUCAUAUGGAUCUGUGUGGCCUAUGA